AUGGCUGGUGGGCUCAAGAAAUAUUUGUCUUUGAUUGGGUUCAGUCUUCUCUGUCUUAAAAUGGUUGCUUCAGCAAACACAGCUCCUGAAAUACCCACUAUUGAUCAGGCAUACUCCAAAAUCAGCAACAGUAUCACUGUGGAAUGGGCUACCGUGCCCGGGGCCACCAGUUACCUCCUCACAGCCAAAGAUGGGGACACCGUCAUUGAAACCACGGUGGCCAACUCCCCAGGCACUGUGACGGGCCUGAAGGCUGCCACCUCGUACCAGAUCACCGUCAGAUCCAUCAGUGCUGCUGGGAGAAGCCAGGCAUCCCCUCCAAAGCAGGCAAAGACAGUGCUGGCUGCCCCGAUUCUAGAAGUGAGCUCUCCAAGUCCAGACUCGAUUCUCGUGCACUGGGGAGCUGUGUACAUGGCCACCGGAUUCUCCGUGUCCAUUAUGCGUGCCAAUGGCUUGGGGAGAAUAUGGAAGGAGAACACCACAGACACCACCUUGACAUUCACCAGUUUAGACGCCGGGACUCUCUACACCAUCAAGGCCUACGCAUGGAAUGCCAACGGGACCCCUGGGGAUGACUCCACCUGCAACCAGAGAACAAGUCCUCGUGCUCCUGCAGACAUUGGAGUCUCUUUCGAUAGCGGGGCUCUGAAGGCGUCUGUCUCAUGGGCCCCGACGGAAGGAGCUUUCAACUACACCGCGGUGGCUGUGGGCGACAGCUCGGAGCUGAGCUGCAGCACGACGCUCAGUGGCUGCACCAUCGCGCCCCUCCGGUGCGGCACGGAGUACCGGAUCUCCGUGGCAGCCAGGAACGACGCUGGAGCCAGCCGGUCGGCUUCGGCGGUGACCCUGAAAACCGUUGCAUGUGCACCUGGAAGAGUGACGAUCCAAGAAGAUCCCCCUGGCCACCUGUCUGUGUCGUGGUCCAACGUAGACCUGGGUGAUUACUACGUGGCCUUUGUGAAGAGUGAUGACGGCUUGGAAGUCCACUGCAACACAUCCCUCACCCAGUGCGACUUCCUGUCCGAAUGUGGCUUCACUUAUUUCAUCAGCGUUUUUGCCUAUAACAAGGCAGGGCAGAGCCCUCUGGGUGACGUGUUCAAUCACACCACAGCUCCCUGCUGUCCUAGUGACAUCAGCCCUGUGUUGGUGUCCAGUGACAGAGUGGAGGUCGUCUGGUCUCCUGUCCGCGGUGCCGAACUCUACCAAACCAAGGCCGUGGGCGGGCUCGACGCGGUCGAGUGCAACGACACGGCGCCGGCCUGCACCCUCUCGGCUCUGCAGUGCGACACCGAGUACAACAUCACCGUGUAUUCCUUCAGUGAAGCCCGGGGCAGCAACACGUCCUGUGCUUCCCGGUUCGUGACCACGGCUCCUUGCAGUCCUGAAAUAAAAAGCGUCUCGAAGGAUGCCUCCUCCGCGGUCCACGUGCACUGGAGAUCCAGUAACGAGGGCGCUACCUACACGGUGACGGCGAGGGGAGGGGGGGAGCUGUACCGGUGCAGCAGCGCCGGCCGGUCCUGUGCCCUCGGGGGCCUGCCCUGCGGCUCCGUGUUCUCCGUCACCGCGGUGGCCGAGACGCGGGCCGGCCGGAGCCUGCCCAGCUAUAGCGUGCCCCUGGAAACCGUGCCCUGCUGUCCAGCCAGUCUGACAGUGACGCAGGUCACCCAAUCAGUCAUCAACGUGAGCUGGACUGUUGGCACCGGGGCCCUAACCUAUGUUACAGUUCUGGAGUCCCACACUGGACAGUCUAAGUGUCACACCCAUCAAAACCACUGCCUCCUGGGAUGCAUCACUUGUGGCGUCAAUUACACGGUGGCCCUAAAAGCAGUCAGCGCCACCGGGCUGACUGCAGACUGCACCUACCGACCCUAUGCUUCUAGUGCCUGCUGCCCGCUGGGGGUGAAGUUGUAUAGGCUGGGCCCUAAUGGCAUCCGGAUCGACUGGCAGGCCGCCAGGGGCUCUGCCAACUACAGCACUGACCUCUACGGCUCCAAGGGCAUUUUCACCUGUUCCCCAAGCUCCGGCCUCAGUUUCUGUGACGUCGCUGAGAUACCCUGUGGGGACGUAUACACCGUGAUGGUCUCACCGGUGGCUGAGACAGGACUGAAGCUCACCUUCUGUCCGAAAAAAAUAUAUUCAGUCACCUGCUCUGGAAGUACGCUUGGAAUGGUGAUCUACAGAGGGAAGAGAAAUGCAGAUUGA